AUGGAUUAGAAUAAUAGUUUAUAAUGUGGUUUGAUUAUAGAUCAAAGAUUCAAAUUGCUAAAGAAAAUUGGUAGUGGAAGUUUUGGAAUAGUUUAUUUAACAUUUGAUAUGGAUGAAUAAGAAUAUUGUGCAACUAAAUUUGAAAAUCGUAAUUUACAUAUGAGAAUGAUGAAUAGAGAAAUAUUGAUAUUGAAACAAUUGAAAGGAAUUAAUGGUAUAUUAAUUUUACUUCUAUUAUAAUAAUUUUAGGUUUUCCAGAAUUAUUACACAAUGGAAAAGAUCGAUAAUACUCAUAUUAUAUGAGUACAUUAUUAGGAGAGAAUCUUGAAGUUUUAUUAAAGAAAUGUGGAGGUAAGUUUUCCCUCUAAACUACAUUAUAAUUGGCAAUCCAACUGAUUGAUCGUUUGGAAGGUUGUGUAUAAUAUAAAUACAUUAAGUAUUUCAUAGUAUGAAUUUUAUACAUCGUGACAUAAAGCCUGAAAAUUUUCUAAUAUCUAGAGAAGAUACUUCUUUAGUUUAUUUGAUUGACUUUGGAUUAUCAAAAUAUUAUAGAGUGGCUGAUGGAAGACACAUCGAAUUUUCUUAAAAAACAGGAGUUAUAGGAACUGCUCGUUAUGCAAGUAUUAAUACAUUAUAAUGUAUAUAUAAUUGUAUUAUUUAGGGAUGGAAUAAUCAAGAAGAGAUGAUUUAGAAAGUUUAGGUUAUAUGUUAAUUUAUUUCGUUAAAGGAGAAUUACCAUGGUCUAAUGUUAAAGCUAUUGAUAAAGAAGAUAAGUAUGAUUAAAUAUUAUAAGUAAAAAUGGGAAUUCCACUUAUUUCACUUUGUCACAAUUUACCAAAAGUAUUAAUUCAUUUAUAAUUUCCAGUGUUUUAUACAAUACUUUUAGCAUGUGAAAUCAUUAUUGUUUUAAUAAUAGCCAAACUAUUCUCAUUUGAGAAAUCUAUUUGAAAAACAACUCUAAGAUUAUGAACAUUAACUUUAUGAUUGGGAAUUAAAAUAGAUGGAAUUGCAAACAUAAGAUAUUCUUAUUGAUCCUGAUUCUAUUCCAAAUAUUAGAUUAUAAACUGAAAUUGAUUUAGUUCCUCCUGUUGAUGAAGAAGGAGAAGUUUUUCAUUUAAAAUAAGAGAAUUAACAUAAUGUUAAAUUCAUGAAAUAAUUACAUGAAAAAUACUUUGAUCAUAAUACAUAUAAAUAAUAGGAUGAAAUCUAAUUAUAAAAAAAAACAUCUAUUGAACCUAAAAGUUAAGCUACAAGCAAAUAAAAUAAUUAUUAAAUUAGCAAUCAUACUUUAAUUUAAGUUGAAUCAUAACCAUAAAUACAUAAUAAUUCUAAUUAAUUCAAUAAAAGAAAAGAUUCGAAAUCUUAUACUUCCUUUAAAUAAAGUUAAGAACAUAAAGAAAAUAGAAAAUUUCGAUAAUCUAAUGAUGAUUUCGAUUUAGAUAUGGCUAAUGAUGAUGGACCUAAUUUAGAUUUAAAAAAUCUCGAAGUCAAUUACUUUAUUAAAUGA